AUGACUGAUGUCACAAUUGUGGAAAAGAUAUUGCGCUCCCUAACGCCGAAGUAUGACUAUGUAGUUUGCUCCAUUGAGGAGUCAAAAAAUAUAGAUGAGUUAUCACUUGACGAAUUGCAAAGUUCCUUAUUGGUACAUAAGCAAAAUAUGAACCGUAGUUCAUCUUCUGAAGAGCAGGCUUUGAAGUCUGAAUGUUAUACUAGGCUGCCUAAUGACAAGUAUGAGAAGUCAAAUUUUGUUGAAAGUAACGAAGUUGAAACAUUGUUGAUGGCAGUCCAAGUAGAGAAGGAACCUGAACAAAACGUUUGUUUUGGUGAUUCUUCCACUGUGAGUGCAAUUGGAAAGGAUGAUAUUAAGAUUAGAACCAAGAAUGGUUUUGAAGAAACGAUCUCAAAUGUGCUAUAUGUUACUACUUUGAAAAGCAAUCUGCUAAGUGUUGGUCAAUUGCAAGAAAAAGGAUAUGUUAUAACUAUUGAGAAAGGUGCAUGUAAGAUUUAUAAUCCUACUAGACGGGCUAUUGCUGUUGUGAAAAUGAGUUCAAACAGGUUGUUCCCGCUGAAGAUAGAGAAUAUUCACCGUUGUUUGAAAGCAGAAGUAAGAGAUCUGUCAUGGUUGUGGCAUUUUAGAUAUGGUCACUUGGGUUUUGGCGGAUUAAAAGUUCUCUAA